AUGGAGAUAGAUGAGAAAAGAAAAGGGCACGAGCAACUAGACGAGCAGCAGAAAGGAUUAAGUUUAAGACACAUAGAGUCAGAUCAAGCGAGAAUUGAAGAAAGAUAUAGAGAUACGGUACGGAGUUGUUACGAGCUCAACGACGACAAACGUAAGGUAGCGAACGAAGUAGUUAUCUGUUGCGUUGGAGGAUGGCGAACGAAGAAGUUGCCUUUCAACGUAACAACCACGUUAGUCGGUUGGGUAAAGCACAGGUGGUGCAAUAUUGGUACAGAAGACGGCUGGAACCGAAGGAGUCAACCCCACAUAACACCAGUGUUCGAAGGAUUCUACAUUGUUGUCAAGUGA